GGCGAUAAAGACUCUUUCGGCCAUGGCUCAUCAUCGCUACCCGCACCCUGCGCUUAUCACAGUCGCCAUACUCUUUCUUAUUGCUGUGAUAAGCGUCCUCGUCAUCCCCAAAACGGCUAACGCAAUUUCAUCCGAGCAUUGGAUCCAGCUCUUUCCCGCCUGGGAGGAUAUCAUCAAUACGAUUCUGGAAGAGGAAAAUGUUCAGGCUGCGCUACAGAACUAUCGUGACAACCAUCAUGACCAUCCGAGAACCGGCUACAAUAUUAUGAAUCUCGUCCUAGAGGCAUUCCCAGAGUUUCGCAAGAGCGAAAUGGCUUCGGCUUCUGUGAUUCUAGGCCUCGCCCCAGCGCUGCUGCAACAACUUAGCCCGACGUACGCCGACACUGCUGAAUUAGCCAUCUGCCGCCCUCUUCUCGCAUUCCUGGUCGCCGCAGGCAGUCCAGCCGUGGGUCUGCUGGACCCAAGCAACUGCCUCAAUGUCGUCAAGAAACUGGAGGACAAGCACAAAAUAGGAGCGUUUGAGGGACGAGACCCCACGCGGACCGAACAAGAGUGUACAUGGACUAACGAUCUUGCCCCCACCAUCACAUGUCUCGUCGAGUAUGUCUUGGCCGCUGUGGCCAUUGCAAACAGUCUUCACCUCGCCUACACGCUUGGCGUAUGGGCCGUGUUAAGCUUCACGCCGUCCAACACCACCCUACCUGCUGUAUGGUGCGUCACUGCUGUGCUCGUUCACCUAUUCGGGUGGCUAAUCUUGGACGGUAUGACACUCGGUGGGUUUCUCCCAUCCAGCUUGUCAUUAUCAACCGGUCGGAACAGUGUUCCCAAAGGUGCUAUCGCAAUGGCAUUUUGUGUCUACGUUGGUUGUGCUGUGCAAGCUCUCUUCGGGACCCUCAUUCUUUCGAGCCUCCUCUUUAUCAGCGUGCGGGACGCGACCUUUAUUGUGCUCAGAUUUAUGGCCAGUGUAUUGAUCUGCCGCCUACUUGUAUUUAUGAGUGUUGACCCUUGA